AAAGCAGUGAGGAGACACUGACAAAAGGAGGAACAAAAGCCGCACUGUUUCACCAUCCUUCCUGUGAUUUCGAGCGAGGUGCAGAUGAGGUGAGCUCCAUUCGUGAGAAGACUCGAUCAACGUGGAUCCGUUUCGUGAGCUUUCGCACGCGUUGCCACCCGGUGGUCGCAUGGGCGAGCCGGCAGUGGCCGGCUCCGUGGCGGGAGGCUUCCCGCCAACGGUUGGAGGAGCACCAACAGUUACGAGUUCGGUUCCACCGUCCAGUUCUGGGAAGAUGCAGACAGGAAGUCCAUCGCAGUACGUCAAACUGAAUGUAGGAGGAUCCCUUUACUAUACGACAAUUGGUACUCUAACGAAACUGGACUCGAUGCUACGUGCAAUGUUCAGCGGUCGCAUGGAAGUGUUGACCGAUUCGGAAGGUUGGAUUCUCAUUGAUCGAAGUGGAAAGCACUUUGGGACUAUUCUCAACUACCUCAGAGACGGAUCUGUGCCGUUGCCGGAUUCCCCAAGGGAAGUAGCCGAGCUCUACGGCGAAGCCAAGUACUACCUUAUCCAAGGACUAAUUGAGACUUGUGAAACGGCUCUACGCAAGCAACCGGUAGUUGAGGCUAUUUGCCGCGUACCGCUUAUCACUUCGGAUAAAGAAUGCCAGCAGUUAAUACAAGCGACUGCUAAGCCAGUGGUCAAAUUGCUGAUUAAUCGACACAACAAUAAAUAUUCGUAUACCUCGGCCUCGGAUGAUAAUCUCCUCAAGAAUCUCGAAAUGUUCGACCGUUUGUCUUUGCGCUUCAGCAGUCGUAUAGUUUUUAUCAAGGAUGUCAUCGGCACGAACGAAAUCUGUUGCUGGAGUUUCUACGGUCACGGAAAAAAAGUGGCAGAAUUUUGCUGCACAUCCAUCGUGUACGCAACCGACAAAAAGCAUACAAAGGUUGAGUUUCCAGAAGCCCGAAUUUAUGAAGAAGUACUUAAUAUCUUGCUGUACGAAAACAGACAGCAGCCUGAUCCCGAGCUAAUGCAAGCGACUUCACAGCGCGGGGCAGGUCUGCAGCGGUCUGCGGCAGCUGUAAGUGAUGACGAAGAUAUCGAACUUAAACAACAGGGGCCACCAGUCCUUGAGGUUCAGGCAGGACCAUCGCGAAGAGAAGGUGGUUCAUCCUCGGCCUUGGCUAUCUUCAGAAGUGGUAAGAACGCCUCAGCAGGAAACAGCGGAAAUAAUUAAAUAACCACAAGUAGCAACGACAUUUACGCGGAGUCACAUUGGCCUACAACGAAACCACUGAGCAGCCAACAAGAGAAAAGUGGACAUUUGCUGCGUCAUAGCUGAAUCGUUUAUAUACAACCUAAUAGGCCACAACCCAAUACUGCAACAUCGACAUGUUGUGGAUUUCGGAAGCAGGUUUCGUUGCUGCGGCAACAUCUCAAUCAUUAUCAACGCUAGUCACGUAAUCCUGUUUUUAAAUCAUAAUUCCUGACAAAAUAACUGGAAGCAUUAAUUUGCUUAUGACUACUCGGUAAUUUUUGGAUGUUUAUUGUACUUACGUUCCAAUUCUGUUAGCUCAUUGUACGACUGAAAGAAGCACAAGCUAUUCAGUUGUGAGGAUGAGGUGCUUGCACCUCAACCUUUACUUUUGUAUCCAUCCUAUUGAUCUGGCAAAUGAGAAAUAGAAAAAUAGAGACCAAAAUAUUAAUACGUGCUAUCACACUUGAGGUGCGUGGAAGUAACAAUUUAAGAACACGGUAUAUGGCUACCCAGGGCAGCAUAAUUUGUCGUCGUGUUCUAGUGAUGGUUUCAAAGACACGUGUAACACGGUGGCAACCGACAACAUUUCAGUUGUAAAUGUAUGUACCUAGAAAAAGCAUUGCUCGCCACGAAAGUUAUCAUAUCGGUUUAAAGUUUUGUUAAUUUUGUAACUUUGCGCACUCAACUGUUGAUACUUAUUGAAUCGAACUACUCCACUUGAAUUCCUGGCUGAUUUUCCUGGAGAGACGGCAUCUAUCACUGAGGAAAAUCAGCACAAACUUGCCAUUGAA